UCAGCCUCAAUCCAAAAUGGCAGUCGUCGUGGCACUUGUUCUCUGCGGGCUUCUAGCCGUCAUUAGCAGUGUACAGGGUGGAGGAAAAACCCUAGUUCUCCUAGAUUCGAUGACUAUGCGAGAGUCGCAUUCGAUGUUUUUCAAAUCUCUACAGGAGAGAGGUUUUGAGCUUACAUACAAGAGUGCAGAUGAUCCUAACCUAAAGCUGAGCAGCUAUGGAGAAUACCUUUAUGAGCAUCUGGUGCUCUUCUGUCCAUCAGUAGAAGAAUUUGGCGGAGAUAUUGGAGAAAAUACCUUAACAGAUUUUAUUGAUGAAGGAGGAAACAUCCUAGUAGCAGGCAGCUCAGAUAUAGGAGAACCGCUGAGAGAACUUGGAAGUAAUUGUGGACUUGAAUUUGAUGAGGAAGGAACUUCAGUAAUUGAUCAUCUUAAUUAUGAUGUUAAAGAUGAGGGAUAUCACACAUUGGUAGUAGCAGAUUCAGAAAACUUGAUUGAAGCUGAGACCAUUGUAGGUGCAAAGACCAACAAGCCUGUUUUAUUCAACGGAGUCGGCCUGAUUGCCGACCCAGACAACCCCCUCAUCAUUGACGUCCUCCAUGCCUCGUCGUCCGCCUACUCCCACAACCCCAAGGAGGCCGUGGAGGAUUACCCCUUGGUCGUGGGCACCAACACCCUGCUGGUAGCCGCCCUCCAGGCCAGGAACAACGCCAGAGUGGUCUUCAGUGGCUCUGUGGACCUCUUCAGCGAUGCUUUCUUCCAGUCAGCGGUCCAGAAGGCAUCGGGAGCCAGCAAGAAGUACCCCGAGUCUGGCAACCAGGCCCUCGCGUUGGCCAUCUCCCAAUGGGUCUUCAAGGAACACGGUGUCAUCAGGGUUAGUCACGUCACCCAUCACAAGGCUGGAGAGACAUCUCCACCAGCAUCCUACACCAUUGAGGACAAAGUGGAGUACAACAUUUGGCUUGACAUUCUGGUCGAUGGUGAGUGGCGUCCUUUCUCCGCUAAUGAUGUCCAGCUUGAGUUCGUCCGUAUCGAUCCUUUCGUCCGAACCACCCUCAAAAGCAGCAAGGGCCGUUUCUCCACAAUCUUCAAGCUACCUGAUGUGUAUGGUGUGUUCCAAUUCAAAGUGGACUACAAUCGCAUUGGCUUCACUCAUCUUUUCAGUACCACACAGGUGUCUGUCCGUCCUUUUGAGCACACCCAGUUUGAGCGCUUCAUCCCGUCUGCGUUCCCUUACUACGCCAGUGCCUUCUCCAUGAUGUUUGGUGUCUUUGUCUUCAGUCUCGUCUUUUUACAUCAUCGUGACAGUGACAAGAGCAAAAGGGAAUAAAAUCCCCUCUUCUCUUCCACUUCUUUUUCCUCCUUUAGAUAAAAUCAUUCCUUUUCCCUUUCCUCCAUGCACUCAGAGUUGGCAUAAUUGCUUGUUAACUGCGAUGGAAUAAGAAUUCAGUGAGUAUCAAGUCUGCAGAUUGUAAACCAUCUUGAUACUUUGUAGUUGAUAAGUGACUAUGCCAACUCUGUAUGCAGUAAUUAUUCGGUAUAGUUCUUUAUAAAAAAAAUUAUAGUUAGAUUCAUUGCAUAGUGCGGUUAUGCCAUGAAUUAUAAGAUAUUUCAUUCUAACACCACUUUAGCAAUUUUAAAAGGAAGACAAAAUAUUAAGAUACACAAUGUAGAGGCAAUGUUUUUAGUACCCUACCUGUUUUUCAUUGAGGGGUUAUUUUGGGGAAUUUUCAAAUUUGAAAUACAUUGUAAAUGUUGUUGCGAAUUUGUUGUGCAAGACUAAGGUUGAUGAUUUUCUUUCUGUGUUGAAAAUGCAGUAGAGGAGUACAUCUGGAACGUCUUUCAACAGGAAUGUAGGAAGGUGAUCAACGUUAUUUUGUGUAAAAUGUAAUUACUAUGGCAAGACUUGAGGUUAAUUUUGUUUUCGUCGACAUACUAUGCCUAUUUUCAUUCAAUCUUGAUCAGUGGAACUGCUCAUUUUCUUCUGAUUUUAUUAAAAGCCUAAAACGUUGAGUACUUGGUAUCCAACCAUUUUGGAUUGGAUUAAGAUGAGUUGCAUGUAAUUUUUACAAUGAUUGAUAACAAAAUUAAUAAAAUAACUUCUCAACACUGCUGCCACUUAAGGGUGAGUUUAUUUAGCAAUGAGUCUUGUAAACUUUCACAUCUCAAUAUCUAAACUAUUUUGUAGAAUAUUUAGCUUUCAGUAGAUUUUAGAUUGGGCUGUGUCGGGUACAAGUGUAUCAUGGGAAGCAUCUACUUUUACGAUGGAAAAAAGAGUCUGUUUUUAGCACAAACUUUAGAGUUGCUAUAGCAUAGGACUAAUUUUUAGUGAAACAUUCAGAACUUCUGCAAUACAAGCUGUCAAAAUACUUUGAAGAGCAGAAGAACUUAAUAUUGAGCCAGUAUUUUGCUCCAUUUCUAUCUUUUAGCUGUUGAAGUGUUUUAACUUUUUGAUUACAGUGUAUAGCUGGAAUUCUCAUGUGAAGCUUCUAGCAAGUGAAAACAUUUUCACAUGGGCUUUUUGUAUCAGAUUGUCUACUGCAAUAAAUAAAGAUGCAAUUUGCAUCUCGUUGUGGUAUAGAAUUUUGUAUAAAACCUAUGUUUUUACAUGAAUAGCAACUAGUAUCAACAUAAAUGAAUGAAUUAUUAUGAAUGCAUCAUGUUGAGAGAAAAAUAGUGUAGAAAUAUCGGAGUUUUCUAGUCUACAUUUAUGCAGAUGAAUUUUGCUAUCUAGUGAACUAUAGCUGUGGUAAAAGUAUGUGGCUUCCCAUUUCUGUUUGUACAAUCUUAUGUAGGGUAUAUAUAGAGUACAAUGUACAUUCAAUUUAGCAAGGUCAUCAUCUAGUUAUCAUUGAGAAUUUUUUGGAAUAUAUUGAUUUGUAACACGGUUGAAUAAACAUAAGGCAUUCAAUUUGUUUGCCUUGAUGGACAAGUGAGUUGUCCACAAGAA